CGCUGCCUAGUUCGCCUGGUUACGGUUCGACUCGUUAGUGUUAUUCACAACUCUCAUUGAUUAGGGUCGGCUCCGUAAGCGAAAAGUGAAACAAUGGAUGGGAUCAAAGAGCAAGCUCUGGGAAUGCCACCCCUGUCGUUAAGUCAGCUAAAUGUAUAAAAGAAAAACAGGUAGAUGGUGGAGAUGUGUGAAUCAGGCAGUUAUUUACCUUCCAGCACAGUGCAUAAGGAUGGAAAUGAUGCAGAGGACUCAUCUGAAUAUGUGCUCACCUGCCCAAGCUGUGAACUUUGGUUCUCCUCAAAAGUGGAUCUUGAUCAACAUGAAAAGGAGGAGCAUCCCAAGCUGAAGAAAAUCCAGUGUGAUCAGUGCAACUAUCAAGGCACGAAAAGGGCGUUGUCGGUGCACCGUUCGAAGAAGCAUCGUGAUCAGUCCCGGGCUAAUCAGGUGUGCCAGGAGCUGUUGGACGACAGGCCGUGCGCGGAGGCGUUCUUCUCGGUGGUCGGCCUCAGGCACCACCUGGCCAUGCGUCACAGCAUGGAUGCCGCGACACAUUGCCUCGUCGAGGAGUUCAAAACGCUGGAUGAAUUCCAGAGCUGGAAGUCCCAGUAUGAGGUGCGGAGCGGGGCGGUGUAUAACAUCGCCACCAGCCGACCCAAGAAGGGCACGACCGCCUGCUACCUGUGCUCCCGCUCCGGGGUGUACACACCGGCCGACUGCCGGAAGAGGCGGCUCAAGUCGCAGGGCACGUGCAAGUUAGGCCGGCGCUGCACGUCCGACUUGGCCGUGACGACCCGCGAGGAUGGCACGGUGCUGGUGAAGAUGCACACCUUCCACUACGGCCACGGCUUGGACGACGGCGACGUGCCUCACGUCAGGAUCCCCAGCGCCCAUAAGGCCAUCGUUAAAGAGAAGCUCCUCUCCGGCGUGCCGGUUUCGCGCAUCAUCAAGGACGCGCGUGAGUCGGCAGGCGGCGACAGCGGUGUGGGCACCAGCCGAAUCGCGCUGCUCCGGCGCAAGGACGUACUCAACAUGUGCCAAUCUCUGGGCAUCACCGCCGCGCCAGACCGCGCCGCCAGGAGCCGCAAGCGCAAGGUCAGGGAGAGGGAGUGCGCGGAAGGAUCGUCGUCCUUGGACCAGCUGUCGGCCGAGGAGUCGGCAUCGUCGGACCAGGUGGCGCCUCAACUCAGCCUGCUUGACACCCGCCCUCCAGACGUCGUUCCACGAGGUGCACCGGGCUCGGCGGCCCAGCCCGCGGACCAAUCAGCUCGCGGCAGCACCUACCGGCGGCGCGUGCUGGCCAAGUACUCGGAGCAGUCUGCCCGCAUCUCCGCACUGCCCGAUGACGUGCUGGCACAGGUAUACGCCAAGCUGAGAGAGGUGGACCAGCUGACAGCACAGGCCGCCAUCGCGGACUCGCACGGGCUCCCUGCUGCCAUCGGGGACUCGCACGGCCUCCGUGCUGCCAUCGGGGACUCGCACGGUCUCCCUGCUGCCAUCGGAGACUCGCACGGGCUCCCUGCUGCCAUCGGGGACUCGCACGGUCUCCCUGCUGCCAUCGGGGACUCGCACGGUCUCCCUGCUGCCAUCGGGGACUCGCACGGCCUCCGUGCCGCCGCCGCCGACACAGAGGAGCACGCUUGGAACGCGGCGGCGUGCCAGCCGAAGCGUGCACGGCUCCAGUUCAUCGCGGACGGAGUGGAUGGGGUACUGCCGUGGGACAUCAUCAACCCCCUCUCUGGUGGCGAUGUUCGUGUAGAGAGGGUCCCUCAGAGCCAGCCGGAUCAUUCUUACUAGGGGCCCUUUACCUCUCGGCCUGCGGUGUGGACAUGAGCCCGCUGUGGCGACGGCUGUCUUUUGUACCGGCCAUCGGCGGCCGCAGUGACCGACAUUCAUCCCGUGGGCUCUUCAUUUUUCAGUUCAUAUCGUCGCGUUUCAUGGUGUUUUGGCGUUGAGGUGUGAUGUGGCGCGGCGCUCUCCUCUGGGCGGAGCCGUCCUUGGGUGCCGCGCUAGCCGAUCGUAGAUGGGUACGAUAGGUUCACGGUGGACCAGUGGACUGUCUGUGGUGUAGUGUGGAACUGCCAUCGUUGUGAAACCCCGUCAAUGUUUGUUCAGGAUGGUCAUAAAGCUGUUGCCCGAUCGAGUUUAAUGGAAAAAGGUUCACGACUUGCCCAUCUCUAACUUGGAAUGAGGUCGGUUA